AUGGUAAAGUUACCUGACAAUGCAUAUGAAGGCAUUGUCAUUUCAAUUAACCCCUAUGUAACAGAAGAUGAAAAACUCAUUCAGAACAUUCAGAGUGGCACUGUUUCUCAAAGUGGUAGAUUGGAAAGCAAAGCCUUGAAUGUCACAGGGAAGACAUGGGCCAACGGCACAGUGUCUGUGGACAGCACCACUGGAAAUGACACAUUGUUUGUUGUUACCUGGACAAUGCAAAAACCACUAAUUAUUCUCCAAGAUCCCAAAGGAAAAGAAUAUGAUACCUCAGAUUUCAAAGAACAUAAGCAAAAUAGUCGAACUUCCCAUCUUCGAAUACCGGGCAUUGCAGAGACAGGUACUUGGACUUAUAGACUUUUAAAUAAUGAAGCCCAACCUCAGUUACUAUCAGUCACAAUGACCACUGGAGCAAGAAAUCCUUCCAUACUUCCAGCAAUGGCAGCUGCUUACAGGAGUCAAAAUACAGCACAAGACAUAAACCUAGGAAUUUUUCAUGCCAAAGUCUGGGAAGAGGAUAUAUGUACGUUCGAUAUUGAAGUCGAUAUAACAGUAAUCAUUGUAGAUAUUGCAGUUGGACUCUUGGACAAUGGUGCAGGUGCUGAUACUGUCAAAAAUGAUGGUAUCUACCCCAGAUAUUUUAAGGAAUACAAUGGAAGUUGUAGAUACAGUUUAAAAGUUCUUGUCCAGGCAAGAAAUCACACCGCUAGACGUAGUUUAAGACGAAAGAACAAGUCUCUGUACAUACCUGGCUAUGUUGUAAAUGGUGCAAUUGGACUGAACCCACCCAGACCUGAAGUUAAAGAAGACUUGGCAGAAGCUCAACUGGAAGAUGUCAGCAGACUAACUUCAGGAAGGUCAUUCACUGUAUCAGGAGCUCCUCCUACUGGUGAUAAUACUCCGUUGUAUGGUCCCAGUAAAAUCACAGGCUUGGAGGCUGAGGUUCAAGGAGGUGGUGUUCACCUUUCAUGGACUGCCCCUGGCAGUACCCUUGAUAAAGGCAAAGCUGCCAACUAUACCAUAAGAAGUAAGUCUUCCCAGGAGCUCCAACAUGAUUUUUACCAUGCUGCUGAUCUGACAUCUAAGGAGGCUGGCUCUGAAGAAACAUUUGGAUUUAAAGCAGAAUGUUUUAAAGUAGAGAAUGGCAUCGAGAUCUUCAUUGCAACCAAAGGCAACAAUGAAUCUCAUCUCAUCUCAGAAGUUAAACUAUCAAUUAGGUUCACUGCUCCCCAAGAUUCCAGCAUCCCUGCUCUGGGGAUCAAUAUUUCUGCAUCCAGUUUGGCUAUUUGGGGGUUGGCUAUGAUUUUGUCUGUAAUUUAA